UAAACAUUCAAAAAGAAAUUUUUGAAGAAUUUUAUUUUAUUUUUAUUUAAUUAAACCUUUAUUGCCAAAUAAAUGCAAGAACAAAUUGAAAACGAGUGUCCAAUAUGUCUACAAAAGCUAUUAUAUCCAGUCAAAUUACCAUGCAACCACAUAUUCUGCUUUCUAUGCAUUAAAGGUAUCCGAAAAAGUCCAGAUGCGGUAAAGUCAUGUGCAAUGUGUCGAAAACCAUUUAAUAUUGAAGAAAUCGAGCAGAAUGUAGGAAUCGAAAAAACGUCCAUAGAUAAGCAAUUUAAUUGGUUUUAUCAGAGUAAAGGAAGCACCAGCUUUUGGGCAUUUGACGAGAGAACAAAUGAAGAAUUAGAGCAAGCUUAUAGCGAUGAAAAAGAUCAUUUGAUAAUAUCAAUAGCUGGUUUUGUAUAUUGUAUUGAUUUUCUCCGUCUUAUACAAUAUCCAGUGAAUCAUCCAGAAAGAAUAAGAAAAAUCAAAAGGUGCGACGAAUUAAAUCAAGAAAGUUUAACAAUUAAAGGGAUCGCUGGUGUUCGAUUGACAGAAAGUGGAAAUGAUAACAGUACGAGUGAUGUUAAUGAAGAAGCAAGUGGAACCAAUGAUGAUGAAUUAAGUCAAAUACUAAGUGAAUCUCUUCAAAUUGAAGAAGUUAUUAACAGAACUAAUUAAUGCAUUGUUCAGAGUAUCUAAAUUUUACAUU